UUUUCCGUUCAAAUUUCUUGUCUUCCUUAAUUUCUUUCUCCCCCAAAUCUACAUCUAAAUCCAAACCCUCAACCCAAAAAUCAACCUACAUUAUUAUAUCCUAUUCUAACUCAUAUAAUCUAAAAAAAUAAAAUGGCAACAAUGGAGAGCCUGAUCGGGCUCGUUAACAGGAUACAAAUGGCGUGCACUGUAUUAGGAGAUCACGGCGGUGAAGGCAUGUCUCUUUGGGAAGCUCUUCCUACCGUCGCCGUCGUCGGUGGUCAGAGUUCGGGGAAAUCGUCUGUGCUCGAGAGCGUUGUUGGAAGAGAUUUCUUACCUCGUGGAUCUGGUAUUGUUACAAGGAGGCCAUUGGUAUUGCAGCUGCAUAAGAUAGAGAGGGGAACUGAGUAUGCAGAAUUUCUUCAUGCCCCAAGGAAAAAGUUCACGGAUUUCGCUGCCGUGCGCAAGGAGAUUGAAGAUGAAACAGAGCGUCUUACUGGGAGGUCAAAAGCAAUCUCUAACCGUCCAAUUCACCUUAGCAUUUAUUCUCCAAAUGUUGUGAACCUGACUCUCAUUGAUCUCCCCGGGUUAACAAAAGUUGCUGUAGAGGGACAGCCAGAGUCCAUAGUGGAAGAUAUUGAAAAUAUGGUCCGUUCUUAUGUUGAGAAGCCAAAUUGUAUCAUAUUGGCAAUUUCUCCUGCUAAUCAAGACAUUGCCACAUCUGAUGCUAUAAAGCUUGCUAGAGAAGUUGACCCUUCAGGCGACCGCACAUUUGGAGUAGUCACUAAACUCGAUCUCAUGGAUAAGGGAACCAACUGUUUGGAUGUUCUUGAGGGAAGAUCCUACAAGCUUCAACAUCCAUGGGUUGGAAUUGUAAAUCGUUCACAAGCUGAUAUCAACAAGAAUGUUGACAUGAUGGCUGCUCGAAGGAAGGAGCAAGAAUACUUUGAAACUAGCCCCGAUUAUGGUCACCUGGCACCUAAAAUGGGUUCAGUAUAUCUUGCAAAACUUUUGUCGAGGCACUUAGAGAGUGUUAUCAGGCAGAAGAUACCAAGUAUAGUUGCUUUGAUUAAUAAGAACAUUGAUGAAAUUAAUGCAGAGCUGGACCGCAUAGGCAGGCCAAUCGGAACAGAUGGAGGGGCACAGCUGUAUACAAUUUUGGAAUUGUGCCGUGCAUUUGACCGUGUGUUCAAAGAGCACCUUGAUGGAGGGCGACCAGGAGGAGAUCGGAUAUAUGGAGUCUUUGAUCAUCAGCUACCGGCUGCGUUGAAAAAACUUCCACUGGAUCGUCACCUCUCUACUAGUAAUGUCAGAAAAGUUGUUUCAGAGGCUGAUGGUUAUCAACCCCAUUUAGUUGCUCCUGAGCAAGGAUAUAGACGACUAAUAGAUGGAUCUCUUGGAUAUUUUAAAGGCCCAGCUGAAGCAACCGUUGAUGCGGUACACUUCAUUCUGAAAGAACUUGUGAGGAAAUCUAUUGCAGAGACAGUGGAGCUGAAGCGGUUCCCGUCCCUCCAAGCUGACAUAGCAGCCGCUUCAAAUGAAUCAUUGGAAAAGUUUCGUGAUGAAAGCCGGAAGACAGUUAGCCGCCUGGUGGAAAUGGAAUCAACUUAUCUAACAGUAGAGUUUUUUCGUAAGAUCCAUGAAUCAGAUAAGAACCCAAGAGAUGAUAAGCAGUCAAACAGAUCAGGCCCAAAUGCAGCAGAUCGUUACGAGGAUUAUCACUUCAGGAAGAUCGGGUCAAAUGUCUCUGCCUACAUUGGUAUGGUUUCUGAUACUCUGAGGAAUACUAUACCGAAGGCCGUGGUAUAUUGUCAAGUCAGAGAAGCAAGGAGAUCAUUGCUAAAUCUAUUCUAUGCACAAAUUGGCAGAAAAGAGAAAGAGCAGCUUGGCAGAAUGUUGGAUGAAGAUCCAUCACUCAUGGAAAAGAGAGAGACCUUAGCCAAGAGACUUCAGUUGUACAGGUCAGCCCGAGAUGAGAUCGACUCAGUUGCAUGGAAGUGAUCCAUGAAUGCAACCAAACAAUACAAAUCAGGCAAGUAUAAUCUCAAAGUUUGGGUAAAUCUAUGUUUGGAGUCUAACAAGUUAAUUCGCGUCAUGUUGUACUCUAAUCAAAUAUUCCUUUCUAUCCGUAACAACCAGAGAAAACGUGUGGUCGUCGUGUAUGUAAAAGAGUUACCCUUGUAGAGCUAUAUACUAAAAAAAGUGAUGGUUUUUCUAUCAUUAUUAUUUUAUUGUUACUAUUUUAAGCAAUUAACCUCA